GUAGCCAUGUCUGUUCAUUAAUGUGUUUUCCCAACUUGUUCAUCCACUAACGGACUUUUUUAGUUGAAGAUCCUCAAUUAAUUUGUUAAUUAUCAUAAGAAAGAGCCGACCGAAUAGGAAAAAUUUCAGCAUAAACUAUACUGUAUUAUUAAUUAACACAACAUGAUAUUUCUAGUUUCGGAAUGAAAUCUUCACAUUAAGGUUUAUUUUCAGAAGGAUCCCCCAGCCUUCCUUUUCUGGUCCAUAUAUCUACAACUAUAAGUACAACAUACAAAUCGUCGUUCCCUUGUCACCACUAACCUAGCUACCAAUCUCAUCGUUAUUAGUGUUGUGGUAUAUGAUCCACGAUUGAACCUCUCCCAACAACUCGAAUUAUUGGGAGCAACUGGUUCUUAACAAUCAUCGCAACCAUGGUCCACCGUACAUUCCUUGUUCUCUUCCUCGCCGCACUAUUCAUCGCCGGAGCUCAAUCAACGACGGUGUUCCUCACGAACAAGUGCCCCUACACGGUCUGGCCAGCAACCCUAACCGGCGGCGGCUCCCAACAGCUCUCCACCACCGGGUUCGAGCUCCCUUCCGGCGACACCUCCAGCCUCCAGGUCCCUCCCAACUGGACAAGCGGCCGAAUCUGGGGCCGAACCGGCUGCACCACCAACUCCACCACCAGCAAAUUCACCUGCCUCACCGGCGACUGCGCCUCCGGCCAAAUCGAAUGCAACGGCGCCGGCGGCAUCCCACCCGCAACCCUCAUCGAGCUCACCCUCAACGGCAACGGCAACGGAAUCGACUUCUACGACGUCAGCCUGGUCGACGGGUUCAACCUGCCCGUCUCGGUCGAACCGCGCGGGGACCACGGAUGCAACGCCACGCGCUGCGCGGGGGACGUGAACGGCGUGUGCCUCCCCGAGCUGUCGGUGACGGCUGGUGAUGGGCGCGUGGUGGGUUGUAAGAGCGCGUGCUUGGCGCUGAAGGAGCCAAAGUACUGCUGCAGUGGGGAAUUUAAUACGCCGGAGAAGUGCCCGCCGACGGGGUACUCGAAGCUGUUUAAGGCGCAGUGCCCUCAGGCUUAUAGCUAUGCUUAUGAUGAUGGGAGUAGCACGUUUACUUGUCCCACCGGUGAUAAUUACUUGGUCGUGUUUUGUCCUUGAUUGGGUUGUAGUUAGCUGGGUUAGGAGGGUUUAACGUUUUUUUCUGAUUGAUUUUGUAGUCGAAGUUUGAAGUUUAGGUCAAUUUUUUUAGUUUACUAUCCUUUCCAUUUUCCAUAUAAAUACUCUUUAUUAACAACAACAAAAAAAUUUCAGACGCUCCCCCAAAUUUCCUGCUCCCUCUUCUUCUCCUCUCACCUAUCUCUAACAAAAAACUCUAGUCGUCAAGAGCUCCACCAUCGACCUCCAUCAUUGUCGACCUCAAUCACCACGCAGACCUCCAUCAUCGUUGUCGCGACCGCCUUCCUCCUCACGCCGACGUUGUUCCCGCCGUCCCCACUGUCCUCGUCGUCCCAGCCGCGCUUGUCGCCGUAUUUAACCACUGUCGCCACCUCUGCCUCCCCCUUCCUCCGCCUCUCACUACCUCCCGUCUUCACGGCGCUGCCACGAGGUCACCGCCUCUCCCCUGCCUUUCCCUUUCCUCAUCUCCUAAUAAUUUUUUUCAGAUCUAUGAUUUUUCAGAAUUCAUAUCUGGUUUUUUGUGUUAGUCUUUAGUGGUACUGGUACGUUACCACUACUUACUGGUAUCAUACCAGUACACUAGAUGAAAAUCACUACCACUAGCGCACUCACGAAGUUGUACUUUUUUGCAGGUGGGCGGAGUGAGUCUGAUUGAAGGUUUUCACCGGAAAAAGUCUGCCGGUCGGAGUAAGUUUGGCGGUCGGAGCGAAGAGGCUGCUGGAAAAAGUAGAGAGAGAUAGAGAGAGAUAUAAGUGAAUUAAUUGUAGAGUUUUUUUUUUAAACAUGUAUUUAACAUGGGUUUUUAAUUCUCAAUAUAUAAUUAAUACAAAAAAUUAAUUAAUAAAUUUAUUUUUUUGUUAUACCCAAAUUACUCUUGGUUGUGAAUCUCACAACCCCUAAGGGGAAGUGACCGUAUCCCAUCCCCUGAUUUUAAGUUGUCGUGCCUAAAAGGUUGGAUUGUGAGAUUUCAUGCAAUAGUAAAAUACUAAUGUUUGGAUGAAUUCUUCAAUGCUUUGGGCAUGCUCAAAGGAUUAGAGAACAUAUAUUGACAUGUAAUUUGAAACGGCAUGGGAUAAAAAUAGUGCUCGCAAUCGGUUAGUCAAUUAACGGUUUAACCGAUUGUCGAACCAGCAAUCAGUGAGUAUUGGUUAAAUUGUUAACCGACGGUGUUAGUAGUAAAAAAACUGCACUUGGUAUACCAGAUAUUGCUCGGUUAGUAACCGAUGGUUAGCCAGUAAGCCGGGUAAUUGAAAACCACCCUCAUAUGCGAAACGACAACGAACAAGACAUCCCAUUUAGCCACCCUACCUAAAGUUGGCUACACCGACCAAACUUCGGGUGACUCACGAUCUCCGCAUCUGGCAGCCUAAAAUAACUCGAACUAUUAAACGUUGCCCAAAUGAUAAAACGGAUAAUUGUAU